AUGGCGUCGGGGGUGUCCACGAGCAUGGUGCUCACGCUGCUCGGCUUCUGCGUCAGCGUCCUCUUCAUAGUCUUCGUCUGCUCCAGGCUCGUCUGCGCGCUCGUGCGCCGCCGCCGCCGCCGCUCCCGCGCCUCGCCGCUCCCGCCGGGCUUUCCGCCCCUCGCCGCCAACUACUUCUUCGCCGUCCAGGUCGACCGCCUGGGAGCCCAGGCCGCGGCUGGGCCCGGCGCCGGGGGGCUCGACCUGGCCGCCGUCGCCUCCUUCCCCACCCGCGCCUUCGCAGCUGCCGCAUCCUCCGACUCCGACUCCUCAGACGCGGCCCCGCAGUGUGUUGUCUGUCUUGCAGAAUACGAGGACAAAGAUGUGCUCCGCACUCUUCCUUACUGUGGCCACAAUUUCCAUAUGGUGUGCAUAGAUGCUUGGCUAAAGCAGCAUUCAACGUGCCCAGUCUGUAGAAUUUCACUGUCUGACUAUCCCGAUAGCAAGCAAAUCCCGCCUCCCUUACCAAGUGCAGUGGUGAUACCUAUACCUAUACCUAUACCUCCUUAUUCCCCUGAAGCAUCAAUAUCGGAUCCGUGCCAUUACCUGUUUGUCGGCACGGGGCAUUCGCCAAGGGCAUCAGAGGUUCUUCAAAACGAACGCGACCAGGCGAAUCGGACAGUACUCGGCCCAUCCUUGGAUGGGCCAGACAACUUGACGCUGUCUGAGGUUACCUCUCCCGGCGAAAUAACAACCAAACAGUAA